UACUUAUUACAAUUUUUCAAUUUAGAUCCCUUUUACGAUUGAAUUUGUUACCUGACAUGUCUAAAUUUUAUUUCUUCCUGGUUUCUUGCUAUUGGAUAUUUGAUUUGGUCUUAUCAUCACCUACAUCAAACAGCACAGAUGUAACUAAAGUUAGUAGUCUUACUACAACUCCAAAUCCAGUUAUAACGAAGACAACUGAAACAGCCAAUGACUCUAUCAAUGAAAUAGAUGACAUACCAGAUGAAGGAUGGGAAUAUGAAAAUACAACUGUUGUGGACACGCGCAGAAUCUUGUACAGCAAACGAGUUCCAAUCGGAAAAAGACCUUAUAUGAUAUAUUUGCAACUGACAAAAGAAUCAGCAAAAGCACACAAGUACAAAGGCUGGCUGUGUGGUGGUGUGAUACUGUCAAACUACUAUGUACUGACCUCGGCGGCUUGUGUGGAAGACGCAGAACAUUUCUACAUCGUGUCUGGAACUACGAAAUUCGUAGAUAGCUUCGAUUAUAAAACCGACAACUGUGUCUGUAAGCAUCGUCGUAAAGUCGUCUGGAAGUGCAUACCUAAAAACUACAAAUUUGACUUCCAAGACAGUAUCAAAUGGUCAUCUAAUGACAUCGCGAUAGUGAAAGUCAAUAAGCCCUUCAAGUUCGGUGUGGUGGAGACGGGCUGUGAGUUCGCAACAGAUUUGGUCUGCUACAACAACGUCAGCAGAGAACUGGAGAAAGCCGGCACUAAAGGAUACAUUGCUGGUUGGGGCAGCGGCAAUACUUUCAGAGAGGGAGUUUACCGUCGUCAAUCUGUACAUAUACCAGAGAACGCGAAAUAUUUGCAAGAAGCCAAAGUAUGUGUUAUGGACAACGAACAAUGUGCCAAGAAAUGGGCGCAGAAGUUCCGUACAAUUAUCAACCAGUACAUGGUCUGUACUAAAGAUGUGAUGAAACGUAUCAGCGCGAUAUGCGAUAAAAAAUAUGCAAACUGCACAGACAUGGAGAACAGACGAAACGUUGAAGAUGUAGCGCCCAGCGAUGAUCUUGCAGUCGACCUUGGCAGACAUCUACGUGAUCCCGACGACUAUACAGCGCGUAGGUCCAGCUUAGGAGGAUUCUGUGAGAACGAUCAUGGAGGUCCAUUCACAGUGAAAUACAAAGGCAAGGAGCGUGUCAUCGGCGUGAUAUCUGCCUGCAAGAUAGACCCAAAGUCGCAUAGCUGCCACGGACCUUUCCUCUAUACGUCCGUCUUCAAAAACAGGCAGUUCAUAUCGUGUGCCAUCACCAAGGAUAUAGAAGAAAAUUGUCGUCGUGUUUUCCGCUCGGGCAUUACUCACGAAGAAUGGUCGGUCAACUGGGACAAUGUAGAUGAAGAUGACAACAAAGAUGAAAGCAGAGAGGAUGAAACGGAAGAAAGUGACGAACCAAGUUCCUUGAGAGAGAAUAAACCUAAAGUCGUAAAUCAUAAAACAAAAUUAAGCUCCGAUGAAUCCAGUGACAGCGUUAGUAAAGAAACAAGACCACAAAAGACUAUAAGAGAAAGAAGCAAGAAGGAAGAGAAAGUGACAGAACAGAAGAAAGAGAAAGUAAAGAAUAAGCAUACCAAUAAACGCCCGAAAAAGAUAAAGGAAGAUAGAAGAAAAUCGAAGCACAGCAAAUCUGGUGACAGACAGAAUAAAGACGAUACAUUCUAUGAAUCCAGUCGCGAUGAAAAUGUCAAUGAUCCUGAAGAUCUUUGAAAGACAAUAAAAUAAAAGUGUUAUAGA